AUGGAAUGUUACACACCACCUUCUGCUGCUUCACCUUCUGGUAACCCCAAGAGAAGGGCUAAACCUUCAACUCCUAGACCUAAAGCUUCAAGUGCCUCAAGUGAUCCUCCUUCUAGGUCCUCACCAAAAACUUCUGUUACUACUGACGAUUUAGCACUAGAGAUGCGAAAAUCUCUACAACAUUUGACUCACGGGCCUUUAUUUCCUCAAUGUUUAGAUAAGUUAGAAUUGCUUGAGUUAGCCAUAGUAGACCCUCUACGAUUUGCUGGUUAUCACAUUUUUGGAAGGACCAUAAGUAUAAGAGAGAUGUGGGUAAAUUUACCUAAUAAUCCAGAAAUAUUAAGAGGAUUGAUCGAGAUGACGACUACUAGUUUUGGAGUUUUAAAAGAUGGAAAGAUUAUUCGUUUGGUUACAGAUUUGUGUUGUUUAUGUGGUUAUGUUUUUUGCAUUUGGUCCUUGAGUUUUAUGUUAUUUGGUACUUGA